GGACUCUCCUUAAGUAUCCUCAACUUUAUGGGGCAGGACAGAGACAUGAGGCCUACAACAAGAAAUUAUUUUUGUUAACAAUGUUAGAUACUUUGUGGCAAAGCAUGGUUAUCUUCUGGGCACCUCUCUUUGCAUAUUGGAGUAGCACAAUUGAUGUGGCAAGCAUUGGAGACCUUUGGACUUUAGGAGUUGUUAUUUUGGUUAAUUUACACUUGGCCAUGGAUGUCAUAAGGUGGUAUUGGGUGACACAUGUUGUCAUUAGGGGGUCCAUUGUUGCAACUUUCAUUAGUGUCAUGAUCAUUGAUUCUAUCCCCAAUCUUCCUGGCUACUUGGCCUUCUUUGAUGCUGCAGGAACUGGAUUGUUCUGGUUAUUGUUGCUUGGAAUCAUAGUAACAGCAUUGCUUCCGUAUUUGGUUGUAAAAUUUGUUUAUCAAUACUAUUUUCCUAAUGAUAUUCAGAUUUGUAGAGAAGCAGAGAAGAUUGGGUAUGACAGGGUUGUUGAAAGUGGACAGGUAGAAAUGCUUCCUAUCUCAGAUAAUCCAUCAAGAUAAGAGAAGUGAUCUUCUAUCUUUUUUUUUCUUUCUUAUGCAUAGUUCCAUAUUCUUUUGGCUACUUGAGAGUAUAUUUGUUUAUUACCAGACUUCAUUGGUUGCUAUCCGAAGGAUAGAGGUUUUGUUAUCACUGUAGAGGUUUGUUGUAUCUUCAUUCUUUUGUAUCAUAAAUUUAACAUGUAAAUUAAUCUUGAUUACAGCAGAAAAAGAAAAAAGUUGAUUGCAUCUUA